AUGGAUACUGAUAAGUUAAUCUCGGAGGCUGAGUCCCAUUUGUCUCAAGGCAAUCAUGCAGAAGCUGUUGCGAAGUUGACGUCUGCAGCCCAGGCCAACCCCAACAGCCAGCAAAUGUCGACCAUUGAAUCAUUGAUUCAAAAACUUGCUGGAUACGUUAUGGACAACCGUAGUGGUGGUGACGACGCUUCACAAGAUCGCGCGGCCGGUGGUGGUUCAUCCUUUAUGAACACGUUGAUGGCGGACUCUAAGGGAUCUUCUCAAACGCAACUGGGUAAACUGGCUUUGUUGGCUACCGUGAUGACACAUUCGUCCAAUAAUGGCUCUUCCAACAGAGGAUUCGACGUGGGCACUGUUAUGUCGAUGUUGAGUGGCUCUGGUGGUGGCAGCCAAAGCAUGGGUGCUUCCGGUCUGGCUUCCUUGGCCUCUCAAUUCUUCAAGUCAGGUAGCAAUUCUCAAGGCCAAAAUCAAGGCCAAAAUCAAGGCCAAAAUCAAGGCCAGGGUCAAGGUUCUUUCACCGGGUUGGCGUCCUUGGCUUCAUCUUUCAUGGGUUCCAAUAACAAAAAUCAACAAGGUCAAAACCAAGGGUCCGGUGGUUCGUCCUUUGGUGCAUUGGCCUCCAUGGCAAGUUCUUUCAUGCAUUCCAGCGGUAAACAGAACUCCGACAAUGGUCAACAGGGUUACAACCAAUCCUACCAGAACAGUAACCAAAACUCUGGCUACCAAAACAAUCAAGGCUACAAUAAUCAACAACACCAAGGUGGCAACGGCGGCCAACAACAACAAGGACAAUCUGGCGGUGCUUUUUCCUCAUUGGCCUCCAUGGCCCAGUCUUAUUUGGGUGGUGGGCAAUCCCAAUCUAGCCAGCAACAAUACAAUCAGCAAGGUCAGAACAGCCAACAGCAAUACCAGCAGCAAGGCCAGAACCACCAGUACCAACAACAGGGUCAGCAACAGCAACAAGGUUCAUUCUCAGCGUUGGCUUCCAUGGCAAGUUCCUAUUUAGGCAACCAACAGAACUCUAAUUCCAACUCGAACUCGAAUUAUGGUGGUCAACAACAAUCUAACGAGUACGGUAGACCACAGCAACAUGGUGGUCAACAGCAAUCUAGUAGACCACAACAUGGUGGCAACCAGAACUCCAACGGCCAAGAGUCCUUCAAUUUCUCUGGUAAUUUCUCCCAGCAGGACAAUAAUGGCAGUCAGAACCGUUACUAA